UCUCACUACACGUGCCAGGCACGAUCCAGUCACGGUCAAGUCACGAUCGCAAUUUUUAUAAUGCAUUCACACUGUCCGGUCAAUAGUACGGUCGAAAUCUCCAGACAGUCAUGUUUUCGCGAAAUACAUUAAUGAAAAUAGCCAUUGUUUUGGAUGAGGAAGAACAAAUCUCACUUCCCAAAGCUCGACGAUAUUGGGUGCAUCCUAUCCUAAGGCAGCGCAAGAGAAAAGGAGAGUUUUCUACUCUAUAUAAAGAGUUGAUUGAUGAUGAAACAAAAUUCCACAGAUAUUUUAGGAUGUCCCCUAACGAAUUUCACCAAUUACAUGAAAUUUUAAAAAGUGAUUUGACCAAGCAGAACACCACGUUUCGGGAGUCUAUUUCCUCUUUGGAGAAACUUGCUGUUUGUCUAAGAUUUCUUGCAACCGGUGAUUCAUUCCAGACCAUCUCAUUUAGUUACCGCCUUGGUCAUUCCACUGUUCAUGCAAUUGUACAAGAAGUGUGCAAUGCAGUAAUCCGUAAAUUAUUGGCUGUAUGCAUACCAACACCGCGUAGAAAAGACUGGGAGAAGAUUGCUGAACAGUUUUGGACUACAUGGAAUUUCCCCAAUUGUCUUGGGGCACUGGAUGGCAAACAUAUAGAAAUAACAGCUCCUUCUAACAGCGGAUCGAACUAUUUCAAUUAUAAGAAAACCUUUUCGGUAGUACUACUAGCAUUGGUCGAUGCCGAUUAUAAAUUCAUAGCGGUAGAUAUUGGCUCUUAUGGGAAAAACAGUGAUGGUGGUAUUUUUUCUACAUCGAGAUUGGGGAAAUCAUUGAAUAAUGGCACUUUGGACAUUCCGGACUGUAAAAACUUACCUGGAACGAAUAUUGAAGCACCGUACGUUAUUGUAGGCGAUUCAGCAUUUCCCUUAAAAGCAAAUUUAUUGAGACCGUAUCCAGAGUUACAAGUUCAAGGAGAUGUGGAAAAACGAAUUUUCAAUUACCGUCUUUGUCGUGCUAGGCGUGUUGUAGAAAAUGCCUUUGGUAUUUUAGCACAAAGAUUUAGACUGUAUUUUAGAAAAAUUAACUCGAAACCCAAUUAUAUAGAAAAUAUUAUCCUAACCACAUGUAUUUUGCAUAAUUUUUUGCGCAACGGUACUUCAGUUUUGUCAGAAAGCUCUUCUUCAAGUGAACAGAAUCAACCUAUUUUUAUGGCAUUGCCUGGUAUUGGUAACAAUGCCCGACUAGAGGCAUUUCAAGACAGAGAAAAAUUUACUGCCUUCUUCAACUCUGAAGUGGGUUCGGUGUCAUGGCAAAAUGAUAAAAUAUAACAUAUAAUGUGUAAUAUUGUACGUAGCUAUUUAAUAAUAAAUUCAAAAAUUUGUUUAUAUG